GUUUUUUUCAUAAGCUUUAAAUGUCGUUUUUCCUUGUUUGGGAUGUGUGACCAUCAUUAAAAGUUUUUGCAUGGAUUUUGAGCAAGAGAAAGCAAAGUCGGAAACCAUCAUUAUCCCAAGGAGUAGAGAAGAUCAGGACGUACUGUCCUGUACUGAUAUGGCGAAGGAACCUUCCACGAAACUUCUAGUUCUCGCAAAUUUUUUUAUCAUAGUUUGGCUUUUAAAUUAGGUGGGAAGGCAAAGGCAAAUAUGCACUUUACAAGUGUCAUCUCCAAACAUGGCUAACGCCAAAAUUCCUUAUAACUAGAGGCAUAUAUCUACUUUUGCUUCAGCAAAAAGUCAAAUUAGGGAAGGCCAAAAGAAGUUUCCCCGUUAAAGUGUUAAGAAUUAAAGCCUUUCCAGAACCUAUAAAUUUUGCAGUUCAAAUUGUAGAACUUAUCAUGAAGUUUUUCAAUCUCAAGUUUUGAAGUGUUUUACUCUGAAGAAUAAUGCUCUCGGAGACGAUGCUUUCGAUUGGUAGAGAUAUUUUGAUUGCUCUAAAGUUUGGUGGGCAAAGGUAGGUAUAGUACGUAGUAAUAUUUUCCUACAUUUGCUGGAAAAUCAUUUUUGGAGUGCCAUAGAAGAUAGUAAGUGGAGCUAAAGUCAACUACGUGCGAGAUUAGCUGUCUGGUUCAGAUUUGGCUAAACGAGUCAAACGCUACAUUUACAGGAAGGUUUAUUUUUACAGAUUAGUUUUGGGAAUAUUCUUGUGGCCAUUGAAGCACCCACAGCUAAGCUCUCCAUGUGGAAGACUGCUAACCUUGGCGAGCUAGCUAGCAGAAAUGAUGUACAUAUAUAUACGUCAAUGAUAGGGACGCAUAACGGCAUGCAGUUUCCAGGAACUUUCCUUUAGAUCUGUUGAUAAAGUCAAGACAAAAACCAGCAGAUAUGUCUCGCCACUGUUUUUGGUUGCAUAGCUUCCGGAUUUUUCAACUUCAAGAAUUGACGUUGAAAAGCUAUAUUUUUGAAUUCAAGCUUUAGUUCAGAUGAUCAAGUUAAGUUAGAAUUAGAUAUUCAACCAAUUAAUUAGGCACCUGUUUGACUGGAAAGCAAUGGUCUUGCUGUUAAAUGCUUAAAGUCUAGAAUUUGGCAUGCCAAAAAUACAUGCUGCAAACGAAAAUUGAGGAAUAGUUCAGCAUUUGGAUUGGAAAUGGAAAUGACAGGAAACAGAAGCAUGCAGAAGUGCAACUGAUAUGAAAUGGAAGACUUAUAAAUGAUUCUAGGAAAAAAUACAUUAGAGGGCUCUAGUGCAAAUGCAAAAGCUAUAAAGGACGUAGUAAUAGUAGUAGUUUGUAACUCAGAUUUUCAAGGCCUUUUUUUUCUUACAAGGUUUAUUUGGGCCAUUGCAGACGGUCAUUCAGACCAAAAAAGACUAGCUUUUAGGCAGACAGGACAAGUAUCAGCCCAAAAGCACAGUUUUGGGGUGAUUUAUUUGGGCCAAUAGGGUAGUGAUGUACCCAAAAGAUUAGUGGCUUAGUUUAGCUGAGAGGUUAGGUGUUAACCCAAUAAGCUCGGGUUUGUGUGAAAGCGAAUAAGAAUCACGCGAGCAAGGCGCGUAAAUGGGAAUAUGAGUGGGAUAGAAAAGGACAAAAGCGACUUACUAUAUUUCUGUUUUGGAAUCAUUCAUUAGAAAAACUCUGAACCAUCCAAAGAAGAUUCAGCCAUUCAAAGUAGAAGUGAUCAAUAAAGUGUUAAACCAACCGCAGCAAGGAAAAACCUUAAAAGGUUUAUAAGAUCAAGCAUGGUUGGUCCAGGCAGACCUCUCUUCGUUCUUUUUGGAUCUUCCAUCGUUCAGUUCAGUUUUAGCAACGAAGGGUGGGGUGCAACUCUUGCUGAUAUAUAUGCUCGCAAGGCAGACAUAGUAGUACGAGGAUACUCUGGCUGGAACUCAAGGCGUGCUUUAAAGGUUCUACAUCAAGUGUUUCCAAAGGAUGCUGUUGUACAACCUUCGUUGGUGAUAGUCUAUUUCGGAGGCAAUGAUUCAGUGGAACCCCACCCAUCUGGCCUUGGCCCUCAUGUACCUCUUCCAGAGUAUAUUGACAACAUGAAGAAGAUUGCUCUACAUCUCAAGGGCCUAUCAGACAAGACUCGCGUAAUGUUUCUUAGUGCUCCUCCAGUGAAUGAGGAGCAAAUAUUUCAAACCAUUGGUGUUCAGGGUCGAACCAAUGAAGCCUGCCGGAUUUAUUCUGAAGCUUGUUUAAAACUAUGUGAAGAACUGGAUGUAAAUGGUAUUGAUCUUUGGACCGCACUCCAGCAAAGAGAUGAUUGGAGAACAGCUUGCUUUACGGAUGGCAUCCAUCUCUCCUCCGAGGGAAGCAAGUUAGUUGCUAAAGAAAUCUUGAAAGCCCUGAGAGAGGCAGAGUGGAAACCAAGUUUAUGCUGGACGUCAUUACCAACUGAAUUCGAGGAUUCAUUCUUUGAUCAAGUCAGUCCAGACGGGAAGAGCAAUAUUAACAUUUUCAGAGCUUGAAUUUUCAUGAAGUCUGCAAUGGGAAUAGUCCUAAUCCUAAUAAGUAGGCCUUUCAUUUCUUUAUUAUGGCACAUGUUGACUUGUUAGAACCAUCUCAUAACAAAGUGGCCUUCCUCCAUGCUAACAUUGCAUGUAAAUAAGGAGGUCUAUUUUUGCCUCCUAAAAGAAAAAGGAGUAGAUAACGACUACAAAUGUAAUUCAGCAACCCAGGUCGAAGGCACCCAAACAAGAGCAUUUACAUGUUUCUGGUUGACUCGGAAUAAAAUGAUACCUUACAGCUGCCAUUGCCAGGACUAUACAAGGGACAAAGAACCUAGAAGACAUUCAAAUGAGAAAUUGAUAACAGAAGCUAAAAAUGAAGAUGGAUACACAAUAUUUAAGUAUUGAAAUAUUUUUUGGAUACAACAAGCCUUAAAUUUUCUAUGAAAUUUAAACAGAGAUUUCAACAAAAGCAUAAAUUUUGUUCAUUGUAUUUUCUGUUCUCUAGAGGUUCCAUAACAUCAAAACAAGUUCUACAAACCCAGUUUCCAUGUGUAAACCUUCAAGGAUACCUCAAUUACAUGCCCAAGCCAAAUGUGUUAACAUCAAUCAAACCAAAAAAAAAAAAAAUA